GUUUUCAAAAUGGCGCUGUGGUGGGUGGUGUUGGCUCUGGUACUGGCUGCUGGGGCUGGGGAGAUAGAUGCGGCGUCAGAGCACUCCAUAACUAUGAGUAAUGUCAACGCGCAUUAUGGGAAGACUUUGGAGAUGUGUCGGGAGGAGGCCCAAAUAUCCCGCGAAGUCAUGCCAGAGUGGCACCACAUCUGGGAUGAUGACUUCGAGGUGACCCAGCGAGAGAUCGGCUGCGCUAUCAUCUGCAUGUCGCACAAGUUCUCCUUGCUGCAAGACGAUAACCGCAUGCACCAUGACAGCAUGUUUGAUUAUAUCAGGAGUUUUGAUGAUGGUGACGCCCUCUCAGCAAAAGUAGUAGAACUAUUCCACAACUGUGAGAAACAGUUCGAGCACAUGGAAGACGACUGCAGCCGUGUCACCAAGGUCAUGGCGUGUUUCAAGGUCGACGCCAAGAAAGCCGGCAUCGCCCCUGAGGUCGCCAUGAUUGAAGCAGUUUUGGAGAAGUAUUAAGACCAAACGGCAUUAUUUGAAACUCGAAAUGACCCGCAAUUGCAAAGGAUAAAAUUGAAUGAUCUUGUAUAGUAUAGCCUUCUCUGAUUAUGUUUAAUAUAUCAUUAUUAACUUUGUUUUGAUAGAAUAAGUGAAAUUAUACUGACAACCAAGGUAUUAGAACUAUUGUUACACCACUGUGAGAAAUAGUUCGAGCACAUGGAAGACGACUGCAGCCGCGUCACCAAGGUCGUGGCAUUUUCAAGGUCAAAGCCAAGAAAGCCGUCAUCUCGCCUGAAUUCGCCAUGAUUGAGGCUGUGCUGGAGAAGUAUUAAGACCA